CUCAGGAGCAGCAGACGGAGAAUACAGAGUGCUUUCUGGUUUAAUACUUAGUGGUUUUUAAUUAUGAUCUGGAUGUAAGUUUGACAGGUAAGAAUCUUUACCUACAAAUGACUUGUCGGUGAAUAAUAGAGAUGAUCAUAUCCCUCGAGGUUUAAUGGAGCCCUUACUGUGAAAGUCAGUCCAGCUUGUUUCUGUAAAGUGUAGCUCCAACAUGAAUGUGUCUGAGGAGACAGAGGACACGGGCUCUGCCUCUGAUGUCACUCCAUCUGAGCAACAUGACUGUCAGACCAGAGAUAUGAGCUGUGUGUCCACGAAGAGUGAACAGUGGAUGGCAAUUGGGUUCAAGGGUCGAGGCCAUUCUGAUAAACAAAUCCCACCAAAGCAGGAGAGACAAGAUCCACCUUUGCUAGACAAUGUGUCCGUGAGGAGUGACCAGUCUAAAAGUGAACCUAUUGAGUUCAAGAAAGGAGCACCAAUCAAUGAGACAAGCCAAGUACAGCAGGAGAGACCAGACUCAUCUGGACCCAGCUUCGUGUCCUUCAAGAGUGACAGGUCUUUGGGGGAGCCAAUUUAUUUCAAGGAUGGACGCCAGUCUGAUAAGCAAAUAGCUCACUGGGUGAGGUCAGAGGUUCCCAGUAAUGGGGCAACCAAGAAGCACCAACAAAACCUGGACUCAAUUUUUAUGCUUCUUGAAGAGAGCAUUGUGACAUUUGUGAGAAACGAGCUGAAGAAGUUCAAGAAAGUUCUGGAUUCACAAGAGCCAGAGUCCUUAGAGAGGCUGAGAGAGGAUGAUGACAUCUUUGCUGGUGAAGAGGAAGAGCAGAGAAAAAGCAACAGAGAGGCAUUUCUGAAGCUCACACUGAACUUCCUGAGGAACAUGAAGCAAGACCAGCUGGCUGACUCUUUGCAGAACAAAACUUGUGCUGCAAUUUGCCAACAUAAACUGAAGUCUAAACUGAAGGACAAGUUUCAGUGUAUAUUUGAGGGGAUUGCCAAAGCAGGAAACCCAACACAUCUGAAUCGGAUCUUCACAGAGCUCUACAUCACAGAGGGAGAAUGUAGAGAGGUCAAUGAUCAACAUGAGGUUAGACAGAUAGAGGCAGCAUCCCGAAAACUGGCAAGUUCAGAAACAACAAUCGGAUGUGAGGAUAUAUUCAAAUGUUUACCUGGAAGAGGUGAACCAGUCAGAACUCUGGUGACAACAGGAGUGGCUGGUAUCGGGAAAACAGUGUUAACGCAGAAGUACAUCUUGGACUGGGCUGAAGGCAAAGCCAACCAGGACAUACAGUUCAUGUUUCCAUUUACUCUCCGAGAGCUCAAUUUGCUGAAAUCAAAAAACUACAGCUUGGUGCAACUUGUUCAUGACUUCUUUACUGAAACCAAAGAAGCAGGAAUCUGCAGCUUUGAAGAGUUCCAGGUAGUGUUCAUCUUUGAUGGUCUGGAUGAGUGUCGACUUCCUCUGGACUUCCGCAACAAUGAGAUCCUGACUGACGUUACAGAGUCGACUUCAGUUGAAGUGCUACUGACAAACCUCAUCAGAGGUAAACUUCUUCCGUCUGCUCGUCUCUGGAUAACCACACGACCUGCAGCGGCCAAUCAGAUUCCUCCUGAGUGCAUUGACAUGGUGACAGAGGUCAGAGGGUUCACUGACUCACAGAAGGAGGAGUACUUCAGGAAGAGAUUCAGAGAUGAUAAGCAGGCCAGCACAAUUGUCUCCCACAUCGAAGCAUCACGAAGCCUCCACAUCAUGUGUCACAUCCCAGUCUUCUGCUGGAUCACUGCGACAGUUCUGGAACAUGUUCUGAAAACUAGAGAGAGAGCAGAGCUGCCCAUGACCCUGACUGAGAUGUAUAUCCACUUCCUGGUGGUUCAGACCAAACAAGGGAAUGUGAAGUAUCACAGCAGUGCAGCGACAGAUCCAGUCUGGACCACAGAGACCACAAAGACCAUUCUCACUCUAGGAAAACUGGCUUUUGAGCAGCUGGAGAAAGGAAAUCUGAUUUUCUAUGAAGCAGAUCUGAAAGAGUGUGGCAUUGACAUGAAAGCUGCCUCAUUCUACUCAGGACUAUUCACAGAGAUCAUCAAAGAUGAGCAUGGGCUGAACCAGGACAAAGUGUUCUGCUUUGUCCAUCUGACUGUCCAGGAGUUCUUGGCUGCUCUCUAUGUCUUCCUGACAUUCAUCAACACUGGCAUCGAUCUACUAAGAAGAAGAGGGCGGUUCACUUCAGUUCAUGCUUUGCCAUUAAAACAUGAAUUCAAACACCUCUACCAGAAUGCAGUGGACAAAUCUUUGCAGAGUCCAAAUGGACAUCUGGACUUGUUUGUCCGCUUCCUCCUGGGCCUUUCACUGGAGACCAACCAGACUCUCCUUCGAGGACUGCUAAGAAAGAGAGGAAGUAAACAAGAUGUCAAAGAGAUGCUACUACAGGACAUCAAGAAGAAGAUCAGGGACAGCCCUUCACCAGAGAGAAGCAUCAAUCUGUUCCACUGUCUGAAUGAGCUGAAUGACCAUUCUCUAGUGGAAGAGAUCCAACAGCACCUGAGAUCAGGAAGUUUAUUUGGGAAAAAACUUUCUCCUUCUCAGUGGUCAGCGCUCGUCUUCAUCUUACUGUCAUCACAAAAAGACCUAGAUGUGCUUGACUUGAGGAAGUUCUCUGCUUCAGAGGAGGCUUUUCUGAGGCUGCUGCCGGUGAUCAAAGCAUCCAAAACAGCUCUGUUGAGUGGCUGUAACCUCUCAUCCAGAAGCUGUGAAGCUCUGGCCUCCAUUUUCAGUUCCAAAAACUGUAGUCUGAGAGAGCUGGACCUGAGUAACAAUGAACUGCAGGAUACAGGAGUAAUGCUGCUCUCAGUUGGACUUAAGAGUCCACACUGUAGACUGGAGAUUCUCCGAAUGUCAGAUUGUCUGAUCACAGAGAAAGGCUGUGCUUUUCUGGCUUUAGCUCUGAAGUCCAACCCCUCCCACCUGAGAGAGCUGGACCUGAGCUUUAACCAUCCAGAAGACUCAGGAAUAAAGCUUCUGUCUGCUGGACGGGAUGAUCUGCACUGGAAACUGGAAACUCUCAAGACUGAUCACUGUGGAAAAUGUCGACUGUACUCAGCACCUCUCAGAUAUUUCUGUGAGCUUUCACUGGACCCAAACACAGCAGACAGAAACCUCUUACUGUCUGACGACAACAGAAGAGUAAUGGUGGUGAAGGAGAAGCAACCCUAUCCUGAUCAUCCAGAGAGAUUUGACAACUGGAAACAGCUGCUGUGUCGCGAAGGUCUGACCGGGCGCUGUUACUGGGAGGUCCAGUGGAAAGGAAGGGUUCAUAUAGGAGUGACAUACAGAGGAAUCAAGAGGACAGGAGACAGCGAUGACUGCUGUAUUGGAUGGAACGAUCAGUCCUGGAGUCUCUUCUGCAGCGGUCAGAGUUACACUCCGUGGCACAAUAACAAACCAGUGGACAUCGAUACACACCCACCCUCUGAGUCCAAAAGAGUAGCAGUGUAUCUGGACUGGCCUGCUGGCACUGUGUCUUUCUACUGUCUCCCCUCCAUUGUCUCUUCGCUCAAACGGAUCCACCUCCACACCUUCCACUCCACAUUCACUGAACCCCUCUACCCUGCCUUUGGGUUUGGGCGAAUGCGUGAGUUUGAGACUGAAUCAAGAUUUUUACCAUCCUCAGUUCAUCUGUCACAGGUUGAGGGAUAAAUGUUUCCCCUUGUGUAGAACAGUGGUUUUCAAACUGGCGUGUCUUAGGGACAGUACCUAAAGUAAGUGUGGAAAUAUUUACUGUAAGAGCCAAAGCUAUAGCCAUGGAGUCAAACCUGCAGACCCUGCUGGAGGGUCAUCAUGUUUUCAGGUUGGUUAAGAACACCUUGAGGGACUUUAUUUAAAUUUUGCACAAACCUCCAUUUGUAAUCAAAGAUUAACUGAUCAGAUUUUUUUAGUCAGGGGCAAUUUUAUAUCAAGUGGGCCAGACCAACAAAACUACUGUAAAAUAGCAUAUAGAUAACACCAGCUACAAUAAUUUCCCUUUCUUUUGUUGUAAAGAAGUACAAGGACAUUCUGUAAAUAUCCUUUUACAACAAAAUGAUAAAACAGUUUUUCCACAUUCAGUCAGUCUACUCUUCACUGUCAUUACAUGUGUAUUUUUAUGUGUAUUUCCACCCCUGUGUAGAAAUGCUGGCAUCAACACACCAAACUAAAGUGGAAGCUACUGAAGCUGCUGAUUGACAAUACUGUAUUCUGGUCAGGGUGGAGAAGCCUUUG